AUGUUGAAUUUGAAAUACUCCAGAAUCUUCAUAUUUUCAAGGUUUUUUUAAAAGUUUUUGUUUUUUUGUUUUUUUGGUUUAAAUUAGACGUAGUGUCAUUUCAAGACUUGGAGAGACGCUAUGCAAUUCCACGAUUUAAAAUUCUUUUUAAACGCGAAUUAAUUGAAUUUAUAUGAUUUGAUGAACAAAGAUGAAUCGAGAAGUCGAGUACAAGUAGCUACCGGGUAGCAACUUUUGAAAAAGUCAAUCGGCGUGUGGUAAUCGGUGGUCGUUUGUAUGCUACCGGGUACUAUCUCUAUGGUACCUGGGUUGGAGGUCGAUGCAAGUAGCUACCUGACAUUUGCGAUUUCUUUUGGAAAGUCAGGAAUUGCUUCCCGGGUCGUUAUUUUUUGUUUCAGCUUUAUCCAAUAAGACCCUGGAAGGCUUGGGAAGGUGUAAAAAACACUGAUGCUAUAUAAACGACUGAUGUGCCAGCCAGUGGCAAUCGCGAAUUGCAGGUACAUACCCGGUAGCAUCCAGAUACCGAUCAGGUACUAUCCAGGUACCAUAGAGACGGUACCCGGUCGCAUACAAACGACCAGCGAUUACGAUUCGCCGAUUCACUUGAGUUGCUACCCGGUACAUACUUGUAUCUACCUCUCGAUUCACCAGUGAAACAAUUUUUUGAAGAUUAUUUUUAUUUUUUGCUUCACGCUUCGCAAAAGUUUUGAUGAUGUUAACUAUAUUCUAACGAAUCGGAAAAAAUUUUCCAUCCACUUUUAGAUCUUCAAAUUUUUUGUGAGUUUUUAUAAGAACCAGUUCCACGUAUUUUAUUAUCAAUAUUUUUACCUAGAUUUAACCAUCGAAAAAGUUAUUCACAAAUUACUUCUCUAAGAAAUAUUGUUCAAGUGAACUUUUCCUCAUUAUUUGCGAUGAAUGUGAUAUUCAUAUUUAACUAUACAGAUACGAAAAAUCCGCUCAGCGGUUAACUUAGAAAAUGCUGAUCACCUUGGGAUCCCGAAAAUAAUAUUUUGUUUUGAGUAUGGAUAGAAAGUUUUCAGUUUUUUUCCAGCUAUACAACACAUUUCAGGCUCCGCUCAUUCAUGUUCUUCUCCAAGGGAGCCAAAAAAGAGGAGGAUGGAUGGUCCAAAGGGACAAAGUUCGUUUUUUUUAUCAGUCUUAAUUUAUAUUUCAGUGAUGAAUGAUUAAUUUUUUUGUUCAGAGUUCCUUAUGCUGAGUUCGCAGCCACAUUAGAGAAAAUUGAAGCGUUAUCCGGCAAGAAGAAAAUCGAUGAACUCGCUCAGUUUUACAAAAAAGUUAGCUGAAAAUUGCCUGGCUUCAACGUUGCUUUUUGACAGGUACUAGAAUACUCACCAAACGACUUAACGCCAUGUGUUUAUUUAUCUGUAAAUCAACUGGGACCAUCAUAUGAGGGGCUCGAACUGGGAGUUGCUGAAAAUUCGCUGAUCAAGGUUUCAAUUCCAAUGGAUCCAACUCAGUUAAACUUUUUCAGGCUGUUGCUAAAGCAACUGGUCGCAAAGAAGACAAAAUAAAAGAAGACAUCCGUCUGAAGGGCGAUUUGGGUACUGUCGCGCAACAAUCUCGUUCCAAUCAAACUAUGUUGACGAUCCCGAAGCCUUUGGCGGUCUCAACAGUUUUUUCAAAGCUCACAACAAUUGCCAAACUUUCCGGCGUUUCUGUAAGAUUAUAUUUUUGAAAAACGUUUUUUUCAUUGCCGAAAAAUCAGGCGAUGAACAAAAAAGUGGAUGAAAUCCGGAACCUUCUGAUUGCUUGUCGCGGUGUGGAAGCCAGAUAUUUGGUGAGGAUGUUGGCGGGAAAGAUGAGGAUUGGCCUCGGAGAACAGAGUGUUCUUUCGGCUUUGGGUCACGCCUUCACGAUGGCUAACCUCCAAGGUGCGUCGUCCCUAAUAUCAAAUAAAGUUUCCUUCAGAAAAAAAGAUCUCCGACAUUGAUGCGUUGAAGGACUUGAACGUCAAGAGGGUUAAAACUGCAUAUUGGUGCUUUUUUAAUACCUUUUAUCUUCCUUUACUUACUGUAAUCAGAAAAAAACUGUUAUUCGAGAAAAAAAUAUAUAUAAUAAAUUUUGUUUUUUUAGCGAAUGUCCGAACUACACAAGACUCAUAGAGGUUGCCAUAUCGGAAGGAAUUGAAGUCUUGGAAGAUAAAUGCAAGUUGACUCCAGGUUUGUCUUUCUACAGAAAUCCCAAUGUUCCAAGGACUUGAAGUCUGAAAUAAGUGACGCGUUCUCUAUCCAGGAGUGCCGCUGAAGCCGAUGUUGGCUCACCCGACGAAAGGAAUCGACGAGAUUAUGCGGCGAUUCCGCAACCAAGCAAUGACUUGUGAAUGGAAGUACGACGGCGAACGAGGACAGGUCGGUAAUUAAUCCAGUCUGUCAAACAGCUUGGAAGGAUUUUCUUUAUUUCCCAGUCAGUUGUAUGAAUAUAUUGAACAAGCAACUUGAAAUAUAAAGAAUGGUUACUGGUGCCCUGGAGACUGCUAAUAAGUGUGUAGAAAUUCAAGAGAAUGAGCUCUGUGGUGCUUGAAGAAGCAUAAGUGAACUGAAAAAAAAAAUUUAGAUACGGAGAGCCGUUUCCAUUGUUAUUUUCGGUCAUGACUGACUUUCGCGCCUUAAAAAAAUCUAAAAAGGGUUUUAGGACAGAAUAUACUAUGUAAAUAGUUGGAAAAAGUCUUAAGCAGUUUCAAAAAGCAGUUUAAAAGAGUCAAAAAUAUAAAACUAAUAAACAUGCUACACAUUUGAUCGACUAUCUAUUUACUGUUCUUUCGAAAUGGAACGGAAAAAUCGAUAAAGUUAACUUUUGUGGGGGUUUUGUUGAAAAUAUUCUGUACGAUGUCUUUUUCUCUUGCGGCUCAAAAAGACAACUAUCAGAUCCACAUGACGGAGAAAGGAGUAUUAUCGAUGUUUAGCCGAAAUCAAGAGAACCACACGACCAAGUAUCCUGAUGUCAUUGAUAAGGUAAGAGCUGUAUGAAGCUUGACAACUUGUUCUCGGGAAUUUUUCAGAUCAAUUUGUGUCUUGGCGAAGGAAUCACCUCGUUCAUUGCGGAUGCAGAAGUCGUGGCCCUUGACGCCCAGGGCUCGAUCUUGCCUUUCCAGGUGCUCUCGACCCGAAAAAGAAAAGUGAGACUCUCUUCCCGAACUAUCCGUUCAUCUCACCCAUUUGAGAACGUGACAGAAGACGCCAACACGGUGCGGGUCGGCGUUUUUUUCUUCGACCUCCUUUUUCUGAACGGCGAGCCGCUGGUCCGUCAGCCACUGCGGAGACGUCGUCAACUGCUCCGCGACAAUUUCAAGGUUCCAUUCGAAGCGGCUCUCUUUCCACCGAUGAAUCGAAGGUUGUCGACGGCGUCUUCCAAUUCGCAACAUCUCUCGACACUACCGAUACUGAUGAGAUCAAUUCUUUCUUCGAUGAAGCUGUUCAGGUUUUCUUGCUUUCUUCAGAAGAGUAUCUCCUUGUAGCGAAAGAAUCAGAGCAAAGCCUAAUUUUCAGUGGCAAAUUCAAAAAAAAAAAUUUAAUUUUGUCAUUAGCUCAAUGAAAAAAUUGAAAGGCUUGAUUGCUUUUUUGAAAGUGCAUGGUGUAUAUAAGUAAAUGAAACGUUCAAACCAUUGAACAGUUUCUUUUCUGUCUGUUUUUAUAUCGGGUUCCCCUUCACUCCAAUUCUUCCUUUUCAAAGACUGUAUUUUCGUGUUUGAGUGAAAUAAAUAAAUAAAUGACAAGGGAACGUUUUUUGGGGUCCAAUUGAACUUUUGAGGAUACUUUGCUGUGCUGUAGUGUAAUUUAGGACCUCCUGAUUCCAGAACAAAAAAUACGUCUCUUGAUCUAUUGCGAGAAAUUUUUCCUCUUGUUCUGAGUGGUCUUAAAGUGCAUUUUUGACAAGUUUCAUCAAAAGUUCAACCGGGGCCAAAAACGUUUCCUUGUGAAACGAAGUAAAUUUUAGUAAAACAAUUGGAAUUUUUUUGGAAUUUGAAAAAAAAACUCUCCGAAGGUUUGUCAUGAAUUAUUUGGGCAAACUUUUAGUUCUGAAUAUAUGAUUUUCGAAAAAUAGCGUUUUAAAAAAUCGGAUGUGUAACUUCGGUUUCGAUUUAUUCAAAUUUUAAAUCUUUGCUAAUAGUUUGCGCAGGUAGAAAUAAUGAGGAUUCCUUUUUCUUUAAAAAUUAGGUUAAUUCGAUUUUCGCAAACUGUGGGAAUAAUGUGAAGAGUGAAAUGUAUCACAGAAGAAAAUGAUUAUUGGAAAUAUAUUGUAUACUCUAGAGAAAGUUUCAUAUAAUUUUUAUAACAAUCACUGGAAAAAACGUAUGAAUUGUCUUGUUUAACUAGAUUCGUGUUUGAGAACAAAUGCGAGGGACUCAUGAUCAAAACUCUUGAUGCCGACGCAACCUACGAGAUUUCUAGAAGAUCUCACAGUUGGCUGAAAAUGAAAAAGGUUUCGACAUGUUGAAAGUUCCUGGAGCAUGGAUUGUUUCUAGGAUUACGUGGACGGCGUCGGUGAUACUUUGGAUUUGGUCGUCCUGGGCGCGUACAGCGGCGUCGGUGCGUGUCUGUCGUCUCUAGUUGUGCGUAGGGCGUGUUUUCAGGAAAAAGGACUGGCGUUUAUGGAGGCUAUCUGUUGGGAUGCUACAACGCAAGUACGGAGGAGUACGAAAGUGUUUGCAAGGUUCCAGUUCAGUUUGUAGAUUUAGCUUUGAGUUGCUACUUCAGAUUGGAACGGGAUUCACAGACGAGGACUUGGCUCAGCAGUUCGAAAAACUCCAACCAAAUAAAUUGGAAAAGGUUGGCAAGUGGAUGAUUGAAGACACUCUGAAUCUCCCAGUACAAUAUUCUCACCUUUCAGUAAAUAAAGGAUAAUUGUAAAGACGUAGUUUUUCGGUCUCCUCAUGACCGAAUCAGAUUGCCUUCAUGUUUUUCUAUCCCAAAAGACCUAAAUUUUCUGUAAACUUAAUGAGAAAUGAAAAAGAAGUAGGUUGAAAAUGGGCUUCGGGCUGCCACCAUUCCAUACAUCUAGCCAAUUUUGGUUUUUCACAGGCACCUUCGUACUACAAAUUCGACCAAAGUCUCACUCCUGACGACUUUUUCCAGCCUUGUAUGGUUUUCGAAGUACGUUUCUUCUUUUCUGUUACUUCAACAUCUCGGACUUUUUAACAGUUGAAAUGCGCUGAUAUUACUAUAUCUCCACGACAUAUGGCGGCUGCUGGUUUAACAGAUGAUGGAAAAGGGAUUUCUCUCCGAUUCCCAAGAUUUCUUCGAAUUCGGUUAGUUUUUGUUUCAAACCAAAAAGUUAAUCACGUCAUGCAAGUUAUAAAAAAAAUUUUAUGCGCCUUUUCCAACUAUUUUUUUCUUUAGAGAAGACAAAAACCCGGAAGACGCGACGUCAUCUGAGCAGGUUCUGGAAAUGUACAAAAACCAAGAGGCGGUUAGCCAGGAGAAGGUCGUGGCAGCAGUCGAAGAGGAGGAGGACGAGAUCUACGACGACGAAAAGCCCUUGGACAAGACGCGAGAAGUCGAGGAGCAGCUCCCGACGGAGAAGGUCUGCGGUAGCUUUUCGGGAUACUGAAUGCAUCGUGUUGUGUUCAUCGAACUCAUCCACCAUGAAAUAAUGACAGUAUUCGCCUUUUGUGAAAUCAGCUGGGUGAAAACCGCGUCAUUUGCAAAAGAGGUUCUAUCAAUCUUGGCUGCGAUAGAGGGGACCAUGUUUGUUAGAAAAUUUUCACUGAAAAAAAAUGGACUUCAACGUUUUUCUGUCCUCAUAGAUAAUACCUGGGCAAUCACAGAUUUUAAUCAGUCCUGGUAAAGGAAUUGAUUUAAAAAAAAAAUUGUUUCUAAUUAAAAAUGAAAAGAAAGAGGAUAAAUAACUUUCAACUUCACGAAGACAGUGUUUAUUUUAAUUUGUGAAGACUUAGGAGAAGAUGUUGGUGGUGUUUGGAAUUGGUCUGUCUAUGUAUGGUCAGGAGUUGAAUUAAACAUUUCGUGAAAUGAGUUUGUUAGCCGAAAUGGAGUUUUCACUCUGCUUUCGAAACUCUCAAAGAACAGUUUACAGGGCGCUCCUAGUUUUCUAAAUAAUAAAUGUUAUUCGAAGGGAAAACUGUAGCCGUCUCUGCGUGUUUUAUCUUAUUAAUUCAGGACGUCAAGCUUGACCACAAUGAUUCAAACGUUUCGGAUGGAAGCAAAGAAAACGAGCAGACUUGUUCGGAUGACGCUAAAAAUGAUACGAAAAUCGAAAAGCUGGAGCCGGAAGUGAAGGAAGAGGUCAAAGAGUCUGGCGACACCACAAAUAAGAGAAAGAGCGAUGAGAAGGCGUCAAAGGCGAAGCGAAGAAGGAUUGUUGUGGACUCGGACUCAGAAUGA